AUGUGCGAACAAGACAACGACAAUCACCUCAAACUACGCUGUCGGGACCAACAUCGCACAUAUGACCGGCCCCUUGCCCCAGCUCGUCUAACCUCCAUUGCAGCUGGCGCCUUAUCGUGCUCCGCAGACCACACCUUCUCGCCUUCUUCGGCAUUCCCCGGGCAGUCGCCCGGCGGCCUCGGCGUCAUGGGCCAGUUUCUCGCCAUUCUGGGAAAGGAGGAUUCGUAUGCUCCACGGUCGUUCUGUGUGGCGCUUGAGAGCCGUUGGUUAACCGUUGGAUGUCGCAACGCCCCCGCCCACAAUAAACAGAUCCGUCAAGGGCGACAGCGAAAGGGCGAGCACCGCCGCCUGGACUUGAACUUGGGCCUCUAA